UCACCUGAACAAAGUAGAGAUUGAAAUUGUUCAAAAAAGAAAUUCUAAAAUAUAUAUAUAUAUAUAUAUAUAUAUUAUACAACUGAAUAUUAUGCUCUCACAGAUCGCAUUGCUGUGCGUUUUCUGGGCGUCGUGGCUUCCGUAUUACAAAGCAGUCCUUUUGCUACGUGCCACUAUAAGGACUCGUGCCUUUCUAAUGAUAUUAUAUUUUUAUAGUCACCACAAGUAAACAAUAAAGUCAUAACCAUUGUGAUAAUGCAGGGAGCGAAAAAUAUAUAUAUUUUUUUUCAAAUCCCGAGUCUUGUCGCUCCAAUUUUACUAUUAAGUAAAGUUACGAGUUAUCUAUAUUAACGUCUUCCCGUUGAUACUUGGAUAUUUUUUUAUCAAGAUUCGUCUUAAGAAUUUAAUAAAAAUAUAGCGUUAUCGCGUUGAUUGUUACGUGCUUAAUGUCUAUUACGAAAAUGAAUAAAUAACGUUGCAUAUAAAAAUCCGCCUUUCGUAUGAACGUGUUCGUGAAAGAUUCAUCCAUGAGAAACUUUUAUAUUUCUUUAAUAUUACAAACGGUCUAUAAAUAAUGGUACAACCAUUGGAAGUAUCUGGCACGACUGUUCCUUUUCUCUGAUCAAUGUAUCUCCCGAACCUUAACCUCGAAUUCAACCCUGAACUAUUAACUGUAUAAUCAGUUCAAAAAUCUGGAUCGAGAAAACAUGUUUACCGAGUCGCAGCUUCUGGCUCUGAGGAUCUUUCGAGGAAACAAUCUGACGUCCAGCCAAGUCGCAAGAAUUUUUCACAAAUUUACGUUUUUCUGUUAUUUUCGAUAGAUUCAAACAAAAAAAAAUCGAUCAACAAGUCGUAUUUAUGAUUGUUGGAGUCGACUAUGAAAAAUCUAUUCAAAUUCUCGAGACUCUUCGAUGUAAUUGCACGACACAUUCCACGAGGCAGUAUCGCCAACCUAGCAAGUUGAAAUUCUACUCGAGUUCUACGCGUGUAAUACCGUAUAUCACAAAGAGAACCAGUGUGUAUUGGCCUUGAGAAAAAGGGAGGCUAUAUAUUAAGGAGAUUAAGUUUCUUCCCCGAGGGGUCACGGCUGGGUCGCAAUCAGCCCCUGGAAGUGUUUAUUAAUUAUGCAGAAAGCUAAAAGUCAGUCGAAGCUCAAGAGCACUGAUUAUUUAGUGUCCCUUAUGUAAGGAAUAACGGCCGGAGGUUAGCUGGCUGAAUAAAUACACACGUAUCAGCCGUAUAAGAUGGAUUCCAUGUGUUAUCAGCGAAGAUAUUCGGCGCUCAUUGCUAUAUGAUUAUUGGACAUCAAUUGAAGAUUCCUAUAAUUGGCGUAAGUUCGUCGGAACUGUAUCCUUGGGGACACGAGAUGAUUGCCAAUCCGCGAAAUCUUGCUUUCGUGCCGUUCGAAUUACUCCCGAUGACACCCCCACUUUCAUAUUGGGAGCGUAUGAAAAAUUUUCUUCUCUAUUGGUGGAGCUAUCACGAGUUCAAUUACUACACGAGGGUCCAGGACGACAUGAUAAGGAAAAACUUUGGCGAAGAUGCGCCGGGGGUUCGCGAAUUGGAGAGAAGCGUCUCGAUGAUUUUGGCAAAUUCGCACAGCAGCGUCAACGGAGCGAAGCCCGUGACGGCGGGACUGAUAGAAGUCGGAGGACUUCAUGUCAGAGACGACGGACCAGAGUUGCCGGAGAAUUUGCAAAAAUGGCUGGACGAGAGUGCACAUGGCUUUAUUUAUUUCACUUUUGGCUCAAUGGUCAGGAUCGAGACUUUGCCAAAGGAGACGCUGGCGAUCCUUUACAGAUCCUUCGGUAAAAUUGCACCAGUACGCGUCCUCAUGAAGAUAGCGAAGCCUCAAGAGUUGCCAGACGGUUUACCAGGAAACGUUAUCACGCAAGCUUGGAUACAGCAACUCAAAGUACUCAAACACAAGAAUAUACGAGCUUUUAUAACUCAUGGCGGUCUUAUGGGAACCCAAGAAGCUAUUCACUGCGGAGUGCCGAUGAUCGGCGUGCCGCUCUUCGCGGAUCAAUUCGUCAAUAUUCAUAAUUACGUAGAGAAGAAGAUCGCGCUGUUUCUCGAUUACAAAGCUAUUACCGAGGAGAAGCUGGAUGCUGCCAUAGAUGCCAUAUUGAACGAUCCCGUCUACCUGAAAUCGGUACGCGCCAUAUCAGAGAAAUUCCGCGAUCGACCUUUGACCCCUGCCGAGACUGCCGUGUAUUGGGUAGAAUAUAUAAUAAAACACGGCAGCCAAGCACUGAGAUCGCCUGCAUUGGAUUUAACAUGGUGGCAGGAAGCUCUUCUGGAUGUCUACGUGGCUCUUGUACUGGCUCUCCUAGUUACUGUAUACGCGAUAAUAAUGAUAGUCGGUGCUCUAGUGAGAUUAAUUUUCGGUAAAAAAAGGGGCAGUAAGAGAGCGUCGCGUUCUAAAAAAAAUAAGUAAAUAAGUGAUCCUUACGGUACACAAUAGUCUUCAUUUUUUUUUUUAUCACGUACAAUAUCGAACACUGCAAAUUCUGAUGUCUGACAUAACUGGGACUCACGGAGGUCGUGAAUUUUUUUGCGUGCCUCAGUCGAAAUUCUGGUGUGACGUCAAUAAUUGUACGCUUAAAUAAUAAAGGGCGUGAGUCCAUAGCGAGACUGAUAUGCUUGUAGUAGAAAUUAACUUCAAAUGUUUCCUGUUUAUUUUGACUAUCUCUCAGCAUUUAUCUUUAUCAGUUUCGUGGUCACAUUAGUCGUUCAAAUUUAGUAAGAUAUACCUCGAUGCAAAUGAAUGUUUCUUUCCUUAACAACAAAGCAAGGACUGUCUUACAUUAAAACUGUCGCUGAAUAUUAUUGACUCGUGAACGAGCAGUCAAAGUCCUACAUUUGCUACGAACGACUAGAGCCAUAGAGCCACUUACAAAGCUUAAAAACACAUCGUGCAAAACCGCAGAGUGAAGUGGUCCUACGAGUGAGAAGUAAAAAACAUAAGCCGAACUAUGAUUUUCUGUGUGCAUGAAGAUUUACGAUACCCGCGUAGUGAAUCUUUAUAGGAAAACGG